UUUUCUUGCUCAGUGCAUUUUCUUGGGCAAAUUUAGCUUUCCUCUUCUUGGGGAUUAUUUUCACAACCAACACUCUCCUUUUUCUUGCCUGUCUUCACAAUCUCAAGUAAAUUGCCUUAUUUAAAUUUAGCUCAUGAAACCCAACUAGCAAUUUGUUGAUUUGUACCAGUAGUUUAUAGCGCCAGAAACUGCCUUAUAAUUCCAAGUUCUAACUCAUCUUUUUUUCUCAUGGCUGACAUUGAUUUUCAUGCAAAACCCUUGAAGCUCUUUGGCUUCAAUAUAGUGGAAACCACUGCCAAUGAUUCAAGCAAAUCUCCAUCGGGAUUACCGGAACUAGAAACCGAUGCCCGUAAAUUUGAGUGUCAAUAUUGUUGCAGGGAAUUUUCUAACUCUCAAGCCCUAGGGGGCCACCAAAAUGCUCACAAGAAGGAAAGGCAACUACUAAAGCGUGCACAAAUGCAAGCCAGUCGAAGUUUCUCAUCUCCUCACCUCCAAAACUCCAUGAUGUCGGCUUUUGGACUUCCGCCGCACCUCCUUGUCCCGAAGGCGGUACCAGAAGCUGCGCCACUGCAAUAUCAUUCUCCAUUUUACAUGUUACAUGGAGGAGCAGCUGCAGCCCCAUUGAAUAUGUUGCAUGGUGGUACGUACCUUUACGGGCCGGCUGCUGGGCUUGGAAGGCGUCUAUAUACAGGAGAAGAAGGGGCGGCCGCGAUGUCCGGUGAUGUCCGAGAUCAUGCCAGAGUUUUGCCAGCGGUGAGGCGGUUCACCGGAGAUGAUGGUGGGCCUAAGAUUGAUAAAGGAUUAGCUUUGGAUUUGCAUCUCAGUCUUGGGCCGGCUGUUCCAUGAGAUAAAAAUAUAUAGACUUUGUCAAACUUCAAUUUAUAAAAUUGGAGUAGUUGGGAGUUGGGACAUGUAAUUUUUGCUGAUAAUGAUUUCUAUGAACUUAAUUUAUU